AAACAGCACGCGCCUGAGAGGCCAAACCAGGGGACAGAAACGGAGCGCGAAACGAGAAGGAGCCGCGUCGUCCUGUCAGCGCGGCAACAACACGUGUUUCUACGGGACGCGGAGACCAACACAGUGCGUUUCCAUUCAACAUAACCACCGACGGCCGACCGUAGCGUCCCUCGCCGUGGGUGUGUCAGGUGAUCAGCAUCCAGGUGAAAGGUGCAGUGAUCGUUUCUCGCUCUGCGCUCAGGCCGACAUGAAGUACAUCCUGGUGACCGGAGGGGUCAUCUCCGGCAUUGGAAAGGGCAUCAUCGCCAGCAGCGUGGGGACGAUCCUCAAGUCCUGCGGCCUCCGCGUCACAGCCAUCAAAAUCGACCCGUACAUCAACAUCGAUGCCGGCACCUUUUCGCCGUAUGAACACGGUGAGGUUUUUGUUCUGGACGAUGGCGGCGAGGUGGAUCUGGACCUGGGCAACUACGAGCGUUUCCUAGACAUCCGUCUUACCAGAGACAACAACCUGACCACGGGAAAGAUCUACCAGUCGGUCAUCAACAAGGAGAGGAGGGGAGACUACCUGGGCAAGACCGUGCAAGUGGUGCCUCACAUCACAGAUGCCAUCCAGGAGUGGGUGAUGAAGCAGGCCAGGAUCUCGGUAGACGACGACGGCGUGGAGCCUCAAGUUUGUGUCAUUGAGCUGGGAGGCACAGUGGGGGACAUCGAGAGCAUGCCCUUCAUCGAGGCCUUCAGACAGUUCCAGUUCAAGGUGAAGAGGGAGAACUUCUGCAACAUCCACGUCAGCCUGGUACCUCAGCCCAAAGCCACGGGAGAGCAGAAGACCAAACCAACACAGAACAGUGUGCGAGAGCUCAGAGGGCUGGGCUUGUCUCCGGAUUUGAUUAUGUGCCGCUGUUCUUCGCCCCUGGAAACGUCUGCCAAGGAGAAGAUCUCCAUGUUUUGUCACGUCGAGCCCACGCAGGUGAUCUGCGUCCACGACGUCUCCUCGGUCUACCGGGUGCCCCUGCUGCUGGAGGACCAGGGGGUCGUGAGCUACCUGUGCGAGCGGCUGAGCCUCCCCGUCGAGGUGAAGCCCCGAAAGAUGCUGACGAAGUGGAAGGAGAUGGCUGACAGAUCUGCCCGUCUCCUGGAGCACGUCUCCAUCGCCCUGGUGGGGAAAUACACAAAGCUAUCCGACUCGUACACCUCUGUGGUCAAGGCCCUGGAGCACUCCGCCCUCGCCGUCAAUCACAAACUAGAAAUCAAGUACAUAGACUCUGCAGAUCUGGAGACUAGCACUCUGCAAGGUGACCCUGUCAAGUAUCACGAGGCCUGGCAGAAACUCUGCAGUUCUCAUGGUGUGCUGGUACCAGGAGGUUUUGGAGUGAGAGGGACAGAAGGAAAGAUGCACGCUAUACACUGGGCGAGGAAGCAGAACAAGCCUUUCCUGGGCGUGUGUCUGGGCAUGCAGCUGGCCGUGUGCGAGUUCGCCCGCGACGUCCUCGGCUGGGAAGACGCCAACUCCACCGAAUUCAAUCCAGAGUCCACUCACCCUGUGGUGAUCGACAUGCCGGAGCACAACCCGGGGCAGAUGGGUGGGACCAUGCGGUUGGGGAAGAGGCGGACGAUUUUCAAAUCCAGCACCAGUGUACUGAGGAAGCUGUACGGCGGCGUGGAAUUUGUUGAUGAGAGGCACAGGCACAGAUUUGAGGUGAACCCCGAGCUGAAGCACCACUUUGAGAAAAGGGGUCUUCAUUUUGUCGGCGAGGACGUGGAAGGAGAGCGAAUGGAGAUCAUCGAGCUGGAUGAUCACUGUUACUUUGUCGGAGUGCAGUACCAUCCCGAGUUCACCUCCAGACCCAUCAAACCUUCUCCCCCCUACUUCGGGCUGCUGCUGGCUGCGGCGGGGAAGCUCCCGGGCUACCUGGCCAAGGGCUGCCGCCUCUCCCCCCGGUGAGCUGCCACGCGGCAAAGGACACUUACAGCGGCAGCAGCGGCAGCAGUUCUCCCGAAGCAGACUUGUCCGAGCUCAAGUUCCCCUCUUUGUCCCGAGACUGAAGCCUGUGCGGUCUGCUGUGCUUGUGUUUCACCCGUGCAGAUAAAUGCCAGGUUUGCUCUUAAACGAUGCAACAAACCGCCUCCCGCGCUCCCGUGGGUACGACAAGUCGCCCUGGUGACAACUUAAACUCUACGUAUAUUAAGCCUUGAUUGUAUAAAGGGCGGCUCAAGAAGAGAAAUGUCGUGAAGCUUUCCGGAAAGAGACGAGUCUGCCGGUGAAUCCCAGCCCGUCUCUGCGGAGGAGCUUUCUAAUCAUGAUCCUUCCUCAAACCCGCCAGGAGAUGAAUAAUGCAUUUUGCAGUGAAGUGUGGAGAAUUGGGGCGCGCUCGGCGUAAGCAGAUUAGUUUGCAGCAGUGUCUAAAUAUCUGGAUUGUUUUUAAGGCAACUUUCCUGCGAAUUAAAAUGAAAAUAUUGAUAUUAAUACUUUAUACAGCCGUGUUGCCGAGGAAUCAUGACAGUUGAAAAUAUCCCUGAUACAUUAACUUGGUUCAGAAAUGUUUUAUUGUUUGUAACAAUUUUAAGUGGUCGAGUUUUUCUCCUUUUUUAGGUUUAAUUCCUGCUUUCAAAUCAUAAAUCAAAGCUGUGUGUGUGCGCGCACAAGUGGGUAAGCUACACAACCCUCUGUUCUUAAAUAAUGUAGCACUGAGAGUAUAUGAAUUUUCUCUGUCAUGAGGUGGAAGCUUUAAGCAUCCGAUGUGUUUUCAUUGUAAUGGAUAUCGCACUUUUUACGGCUUAAAACUCCCCAGUUCUGCUUGUGGGGCUUUUUUAAAAAUCCGCUUUCAUUGGCUAACAUGAUUUCAACUUUAAUGCACUACUUGUAAAGUAUGAACUUUAGCGACGCUGCCCUCUGCCUGGUCCCACUGGAGAGAAGCGCAUGAACAGGAAAAGCUCAAGCAUCUGACUGUAGGUGAUGAGCAUCAAGUUAAAUUCCUACCUGGAUGGUCAUGACCUUUGUUUGUAAGCUGGUGACCCAAAUGUAUGAGAAAGAAGCAGUAUUUUUUUAUAUUAAGUGCAUGUGUGAUGUGUGUACGCUGAAUAAACGUACUUUAUUCCUCCUGACAA